GUAACAUUAGCUAUCUCUAAAAAGUAUACUUGUUUUACUUGUAAUGUUUAUAUUUUGUCAUGUUUUAUUUGUAUGUUUAGCUCACAUAAUAGUAAUGUAAACGUAUGCACUAAGGUGUAUGUAAUAUAAUGAAUGUGGCAAAAACGAAUGUAGACAUUAAUACAUGCAUGUCUAUAGCUUCCUACAUUUUUACAACGUUGGGGGAGUGCCAAGAUGGAGGCACGGCGGCUUCAACACAGCGCCCCCUAAAAGUCAUCUAGUUGUAUACAUAAAUUAUUGGUGCAAACUCAUCCCAAACCCAGCGCAUGCAGUCACAUGAGAACGCGCCAUGGCUUCAGUUACCUCAACCAGUCGCUCAACUCGCUCCUCCCGACGAAGCGGCGCCGGCCCGUCCAGCACCAGUCCAACCCGGCUCUCCCGAAGCCAGGAGAAAGAGGAGCUUAGCCACCUGAACGACCGCCUGGCCGCCUACAUAGAGCGGGUCCGCCAGCUGGAGAAUGACAAGUCCUCAAUGCUGCUUCUCCUGGAGGAGAAAGAGGAGUCCACGACCCGGGAGACGGCCAACGUUCGGCGGCUGUACGAGACCGAGUUGGCCGACGCGAGGAAGAGCUUGGACGUGCUGGCUAACGACAGGGCCCGGCUGCAGAUAGAGAUGGGUCAUCUUUCUGAAGAGCAUAGCAACCUACAAGCCAGGAACCAGAAGAAGGAAGCAGAGUGUAACAUGGCCAUGGGUCAGUGGAGGAACUUGGAGGCGGUCCUCAACUCUAAAGACGCAGAGCUGGCCAAUCAACUGGCAGAUAACAGAAGACAGGCGGAUGACGUCACUGACCUACAGGCCCAGGUGGCCAAUUUGGAGUGUGCGCUGGCGGAGACUAAGACCCAGCUGAACUCUGAGAUGUUGAGGAGGGUGGACCUGGAGAACCAGGUGCAGACGCUACGGGAACAGCUGGAGUUCCAGAGACACAUUGGCGAACAGGAGGUCAGGGAGAUCCGGAGCAGACAUGAGAGUCGCCUGGUGGAGGUGGAUUCUGGGAGACAGAAAGAAUUUGAGAGUAAGUUGGCUGAGGCCAUGCAGCAGCUACGGCAGGAGCACGACGGACAAAUCCAGCAGUAUAAAGAGGAUCUGGAGAAGAAUUUCAAUGCCAAGCUGGAGAAUGCCCAUCAGACGGCGCUGAAGAGUAGUGACUUUGCCUCGUCCACCAGAGAGGAGCUGUCUGCCACCAAGCUCCGCAUCGAGACCCUCUCCUCACAACUCAAUCACUUCCAAAAACAGAAUGGGGCCUUAGAGGGGCGUGUGCGGGAGCUGGAGAGGACCCUGGACCGGGAGCGCGAGGUGUGGCAGCAGCGACUGAGCCACAAGGACGAGGAGAUGUCGGCCAUGCGGGCCCAGAUGCAGAGCCAGCUGGAGGACUACGAGCAGCUGCUGGAUGUCAAGCUGGCCCUGGACAUGGAGAUCAACGCCUACCGCAAGAUGCUGGAGGGAGAGGAGCAGAGACUCCACCUCUCCCCGAGCCCCUCCCAGCAUGGGGCCAUGGCACGCACGCAGGCACACGGCGCCCGCCGAGUUGUCCGCGGGAAGAAACGCAAGAAUGAAGGUGGCACGGGGUCCUCGCCAGCCUACAAGGUCUCGCAGCAUGCCAAGGCCCACAGUCACAUGAUGGUGUCGGAGAUAGACCUGAAGGGGAACUACGUCACACUGAAGAACAACUCUGAGAAGGAGCAGCCACUAGGGGGCUGGGUGGUGAGGAGAAGUCACCUGGACUCUCCUGAACUGUUCUUCCAGAUCCCCCCUUCCUACAUACUGGCUGGGGGCAACACCCUCACUAUCUGGGGUUCGGAGGCAGGCGUAGAGGCCUCUCCAGGUGACCUGGUCAUGAAGAACCAGAGGAACUGGGGUCCGGUCAACAACGUGAUUGUCACCCUACUGAACCCAGAUGAAGAGGAGAUCGCAGAGCUGCGUGUGCAGGAGAGAGGAGAGGAAGACUCUGAUGUGGAGGUUGAUGAAGAGUUUAUGGAAGGGAGUGAUGUUCACUACCUCAGGAGACAGGCUCCGGGGAGAACAAACGAGAGUUGCUCUGUUAUGUAACUCCACCUUCCUCCUUUCACAAUUCUGACCUGAGAACGCUGCAUCCGACCCAGGAAUUCCCAGGAAUACCACUGGAAAGGCUACAAUGACAUCCUAUCCCCUACAUAGUGCGUUACUUUGCCAUGAACCACAGCGUGGGCACUGCACAGGGAAGUGGGUGUCAUUUGACACUGGCCAUGUCACCAAUGGUAUUAUUUAUGUGCCCUGUGGGAGCUUGAUGGUGAUUUGGGAGCACUGCUACACAAAUGUGUGUGAUUUCAAUGCAGAUUUUUUCCUAAACUAAUGCAAGAGUUUGGCUGGUUGUAUAGUUGCCUGUACCUGGAAAAAUAGUGAGGAGCCCUUUAAAAUUGCAGAUCUGUUAGUGCUGUCUAGUCAACUCCUAUGGUCAUUUGUCUAAACAGCACAGACAGAUCUGGGACCAGGCUUGUAUUCUUUAAGCAGCGACAUGGCGUUUGUCCUGCUACUCUGGUUCCCAACACGUCUCUCCUCCCGCUUGCUGCGAGUGACAUUCAUGUGCCCCUUACUGUCUUUAAUGCCACAUCAUUCAAUUGUCAAAGUUUUUAAGAAAAUAUGUUUCAUUUGUCAUACAGUAUGUGUCUCCUGACUGUUUAAAAUCCUGUUUGGGAAAAUGACAGAUUGUUCCACUCGUAUGGUAUUACAGUAUGUUAGUACUAUAACUAACUGUAAGAUGAAUGUUUUCUGGUGUUUUUACCCUUCAACCUGCAGCACUUUUUACCACUGAGAGAGGAGUUAUACACUGAAUAUAUCCAUCAUAUAAUGUGGACAUGUUUCAUGUUCAUCCUGAAGUAUGUGGACAGGAUGCUUUUCCUGUGUUUGACAGGUACUUUGGUGGCUUUGCAAUAUUGUUUCUUAUUUUAUUUCUGAAACUUUAUUUUCUUUCUAUUUAGAAAAGCAACUAACUGUAACAUCCUCUGAACGUUCAAUUAACGUCCGAAGAAACUCCAUGUUGGUUUGUCCUUAUGCACCAAAAUACUUAUGAUUUCAAUAAAGAUUUUUCCUUAA